AUGUGGCCCCCCAGCCGGCGUCACCUCUGUCUGGCCUUCCUAGUAGUCUGUGUUGUCUCAGCCGGCUCCUUCUUCCUCCACAUCCAUCAAGUUCUCUUUCCAAGUGGCCUAGACCUGUCUGUGCUGUGUCCCUACCGCUGCCUGGGGGUGGCCCCUGUGGCCAUCUUCUGCCUCUCCGGCACACCAGCGACUGGCGGCCCCUCCUGCCACUCUCCCCCGCGCCCUGCGUCCCUCUCCGGAACCUGGACCAUCUACUCCGACGGCCGGUUUGGUAACCAGAUGGGCCAGUAUGCCACCCUGUUUGCCCUGGCCCAGCUCAACGGCCGUCAGGCCUUCAUCCUGCCCGCCAUGCACGCCGCCCUGGCCCCCGUGUUCCGAAUCACCCUGCCCGUGCUGGCGCCUCAGGUGGACAGCCGGACCCCUUGGCGAAGUCUGCAGCUGCACGACUGGAUGUCUGAGGAGUACACCCACCUCAAGGACCCGCACUUGAAGCUGUCUGGCUUCCCUUGUUCCUGGACCUUCUUCCACCACAUCCGGGAACAGAUCCGCGGGGAGUUCACGCUCCAUGAGCACCUCCGAGAGGAGGCCCAGAGCGUGCUGAGGCCGCUCCGCCUGUACCCCACAGGGGCCCCCCCGAGCACCUUCGUGGGGGUCCACGUGCGCCGUGGGGACUACCUGGAGGUCAUGCCUCAGCGCUGGAAGGGCGUGGUGGGUGACCGCGCCUACCUCCAGAAGGCCAUGGACUGGUUUCGGGAGCGGUAUGAGGCACCCGUCUUCGUGGUCACCAGCAACGGCAUGAAGUGGUGUCAGGAAAACAUUGACACGUCCCGGGGGGACGUGGUCUUUGCCGGCAACGGGCAGGAGGGUUCGCCGGCGAGGGACUUUGCUCUGCUCACCCAGUGCAACCACACUAUCAUGACCAUUGGCACCUUUGGCUUCUGGGCCGCCUACCUGGCUGGAGGAGACACCAUCUACCUGGCCAACUUCACCCUGCCGGACUCUGACUUCCUGAAGAUCUUUAAGCCAGAGGCUGCCUUCCUGCCUGAGUGGAUGGGCAUUGCUGCAGACUUGUCUCCAGUCCGGGGACACUUUCUGGAAUAG